CUUGUGACCUUCACUUCCUGCAAUGGUGGAUGAUUGACUUUCUGUUUACCGAUCCCUUACGCGAUGGGUACUGUUCACGCUAAAGAAAUAGAAGGCAGCACAGACAUGGACAAUCCAGCCCCUCGGACCCGAGGAUCAAUAGACUUCAAAAGACCUGCCAAGGUACAGAGAGUGUUGAUAGAAGGACUGGAGAGAACAAAAGAAGACCUCCUCAUUCCCAAGGUCCAGGAUACCUUUACUGCAGAAAACUUUGAACAGGUGGUGAAGAAAUGUGUGGAAUCCAAGGCUCAACUCCAGGAGCUGGGUAUCUUUAAGACUGUACAAAUAACAGUGGACACAUGUAAAGUCCCUGGUGCCUCUGAAACAGCUUACGAUGUAAAGUUCCUAGUGGAGGAGAAGAGAUUUGAGGGAGGCAUCCACACUUCUGCAGGCAACAAUGACGUAGAGUCGUCCUUAACUUUGGGUUUGAAUAAUCUGUUUGGACGAGCUGAGAAAUUGACUGCAAAAUAUGCUCACACAAGAAACUUCAGAAGUAAGAAGAAUAACCAGGCCCACAUACAGUUCACAAAACCACUCAAUGGAAACCCAGAUGUCAGAUUGAUCGUGGGAGGGUACAACACUAACACAGAUGUCCCUCUCAGUGGCUACAAGGAGGCCAGUAAAGGAAUCCUGACGGCAUUCACAUUCCCGUCCACGCUGGGCUCUCACAUUGUACAAUGGGACGGAGUAUGGAGGGAUCUAAGAGCCCUAACCAGAACCACACCCUUCCCCAUCAGAGAGCAGGCGGGCCACACACUCAAGUCUAGUGUACAUCACACACUCACAGCCGACACGAGGGAUGAUAAGAUACUUCCACAUACUGGGUACCUGUUAAAAGCUGUUCAGGAAUAUGCUGGUCUUGGAGGAAAUGUGGAGUUUGUCAAAUUAAACAGCGAAUUUCAAGUCAAUAGAGAAAUCUUGCCCCACAUAGUUGUCCAGUUGUCCACAGCCUGUGGUACAAUGUGGGGCCUUGGCAGAGACAAGAGGGUAACUGUCAACGACAAAUUUUUCUUGGGAGGUCCACUGAGCCUACGCGGCUUCCAGGACAGAGGGGUUGGGCCACAAGUAGAAGGUAACGCCCUAGGAGCGGAUGCCUACUGGCUUUGUGCUGCCCAUGUCUACACACCGCUCCCGUUCAAACCAGGCCUCGGAGGAUUUGGCAACUUUUUCAGGUCUCAUGCUUUUGUGAACAUUGGAAAUGUUGGUGCUCUUGAAUUAGAUAAGUCAGUAAAAGAGAAUAUAGAACAGCUAUCUGAGGAGUUCCGUCUGGCCUACGGUGUAGGAGUUGUCCUCAAACUCGGCAACAUUGCACGCAUGGAACUGAAUUACGUUGUCCCUGUGCGAGUCUUCAAUGGAGAUUGUGUGAAUCCUGGUAUACAGUUUGGUGUGGGUGUAACCUUCCUCUGAGGAAUUGUCGGUGAUAUGAAUGUGAUGUGCCUGCAUGUGGACACAAGUAUAGUGGAGCAUGACAACAGUGGCUGUCAAAUGAUUUGACAAGUGUCACAGUGCGAUAAACAGCCCACUAGAGACUAGAGCCACUGCUCACCAAUCUCCCCAACCUGGAGAUACUACUACUUAGAACAUGUACCUUUUCACAGCCUGAUGAAGUUGAAUGGUUCAGGCUGUGGUAAAGUGAUGCCAUAGAUUGAGUACUGCGGAACUCUUCUGUGUGUUUUGUAAAUCAGUACAUGAUUAAAGAGUCUAUGUUGCACAGUAAUGUUACAUAUUGGGACUGGCACUUUCUGGCUCUGUUAGCUUGAUAGAUGUCGAUUAGUCCAAUUUCCCUAUUAAAAAGUUUUUAUGUAUAUUACAUAGGAAUAUGCAGGUCUUCGACUUAAGUCCUUGGCAUGAAAUGUGGCAAUAUUCAGUUGUGUUUAAAUUCAUUGGAACUGUAAAUCAUCAACUGUAAAUCAUCAACUGUAAAUCAUCAACUGUAAAUCAUCAACUGUAAAAGUGGCAUUUACGCUUGGAGACAUGCAGCAAGAUACUAAGAUUACAUAAUGAUCCAGUAAUAUUAAUUACAGGAUACAUAUUCGUAGGUGACGUUAUUGUGAACUACCAUUGAAUGUAGUCUGCUGAAGGAGGUAACAUUGAGUAAGAUGAUGGAUAUGUAUAUUAUUAGGGUGUGGAAAUAAAACAAAUUUAAGAUCUAAAUGAUAUUAAAUAUGCCAAAUUGUGUAAAAAACAACAACAACUUGUUAGGCUUGUAAUUUUCGAGUGUAACUAAUUUGACUAGUUUUGCAAGUGAAAUAUAUGAAAGCAGAGACAUACUGAAAACGUCAAUAGACAGAUGACUCAGCUACAUACAUUGUACCAGUAGACACCACUGUUUACCA